GUCUCCCUCCGCGAGCACGUCGAGGCGGAGGCGCGGGAUAAGCCCCCGGAGUCGUUCGCGCGGUACAUGCGCGACCUCUACGGCCGCAUCUUGCGUCUGGUCAACUCGCCGGAUCUGCGGCGUCGACUCGGAGGCGUCUACGCGAUCGAUCAACUCACGGACGUCAAGAUGGGCGAGAACGUCGGCAAGAUCAAUCGCUUCGCGACGUACCUGAGGGACGUCUUCACGCCCACCUGCGAGCCGCAGCUCGCGGAGGCGGCGAGCCGCGCGCUCGGGCACUUGGUCCUCACCGGCGGCGUGCUCACCGCCGACGUCGUCGAGUCGGAAGUGAAGAGGAGUUUGGACUGGCUCGAGUCCGCGGACAGGGUCGAGGCGCGGCGGUACGCCGCGGUGCUCAUACUCCGCGAGCUCGCGGCGAACGCGCCGACGGUGUUUAACGUCCACGUCCCCGCGUUCAUCGACGCGAUCUGGCCGGCGUUGAGGGAUCCGAAGCUCGCGAUUCGAGAAGCCGCCGUCAGGGCGCUGCGGCAGUGCCUCGUCGUCAUAGAAAAACGCGAGACGAGGUACCGCGUGCAGUGGUACUACAAACUGUACGAGGAGACGCAGAGCGGGAUCAGCGCGAAAGGCGCGAGCGUGGAGGACGUCCACGGCAGUUUACUCGCGUUCGGGGAGCUGUUGCGGCACACCGGCGAGUUUAUGCUGAGCCGGUAUAAAGAAGUCGCCGAGACGGUUUUACGGCUGCACGAGAGUAAGGAGCGAAUCGUGCGACGCUCGGUCACGAACCUCAUACCGAAGCUCGCCGCGUUCUCCCCGCAGCGGUUCAGCGAGAGUUACCUGAGCUCGUCCGCGGCGCUUCUGCUCGCGACGAUUCGCGUCCCGAGCGAGCGAGACGCGGGGUUCAACGCCAUCGGCGACUUAGCCGCCGCGCUGGCGGAGGGCGACGAGGAAGCGCGCGAAGAGGUGUGCUUCGCGCAGCACAAUCGCCAGGGCCCCGCGGAUCGAAAAACCGGACUUCGCCCCGCGCCGACGAUCGAGCCCGGCGCCGCGGAGGCGCUGCUGUGCGCCGGCGCGCUCGCGUCGAGCGUCGGCGGCGCGUGGGAGCCGCGCGUGCGGACGCUGCUCCCGGCGCUGUUCGUCGGAGGGCUGUCCGCGCCGCUGGUGGACGCGCUGGAGGCCAUCGCCGACGCGUUGCCGACACUCCUUCCGUCGAUUCAGGCGCGUUCUGUUACCACACUGGUUCCCAUACGACCGCGUUCGCGUGGUGAACGCCGUUCCUUAAGGACGUUUGCCGGCGUCUCGGGCACGGAGCGUGACAAGCAAGCGCGGCGACACCACAGCUUCCAAGUGCAGCUCGCGCUGCGGACGCUCGGGACGUUCCCGUUCGGCGCGAGCGUAUUGCUCGGCUUCGUCCGAAGAAACGUCGUGGAGUACCUCGACGACGACGACCCGUCCACGCGCCGCGAAGCCGCGUUGACGUGCUGCCGGCUCCUCGAACUCCGCAGCGACCGCGUCACGCGCGGCGGCGGCGACAUCGGGACCUCGGUUUCAACACUUGAUCGCGUCUCUUUUCAACUGACCGAUGAACUAUUUUUGUAUGGAAAACCCUCAUCAGAUCUGGACGCGAACGUUCGAAGAGCCGUGCUCGCGUCGUUUCUGCGCCCGUGUCCGUCCGUGGACUCGCACCUCGGUCAGGCGGACGCGCUGCGAGCGCUGUUCAUCACGCUGAACGACGAGAGCGCGGAGGUUCGGCUGCUCGCGAUUCGUCUCGUCGGUCGACUCGCGCCGCGGAAUCCCGCGUACGCGUUGCCCGCGCUUCGACGGCAUCUGCUUCAGCUCCUGACCGAGCUCGAGCACUCCACGGAGUCGCACUUGCGCGAGGAGUCCGCGCGGUUGAUGGCGACGCUCGUGCGAUCGUGCACGCGGCUCGUGAUGCCGUACAUCGCGCCCAUCCUGCGGACGCUGAUGAUGAAGCUGCGGAAGCCGGAGGAGGUCGCCGCGGCGAAGGCCGUGCGCGAGAAGGCUGCCGUGCUCGGCACCAUCGGCGAGCUCGCGCAAGUCGGCGGCGCGUCCAUGCGGCAGUUCGUCCCGGACUUGCUUCUCCUCGUCGUGGAAGGCAUCAAGCUCGGGUCCACGCGCGACGUCGCGGUCGUCACGAUGGGUCAGCUCAUCGAGAGCACCGGGUACGUGAUCGCGCCGUACGGGGACCACCCGCCGCUUCUGUCGCUCAUGCUUCGCGUGCUCGCGGAGGAAGCCGGGCCGGUGCGCGCCGAGGUGCUCAGGACGUUGGGCAUCCUCGGCGCGCUCGAUCCGCACGCGCACCGCGACAACGAAGAGAAACUCCACGGCCAGGGGUUGCUGUCCAUGGAGGGCGGCGGCGGCGGCGUCGGCAGCACCGGCGGCGGAUACCCGAUCGACGACGAAUCUCUGUUUCCCUCCGCGAACCUCAGCACGGUGUCGGAUAACUUCUACCCGACCGUCGCCCUGAACGCGCUCCUCCGCGUCCUUAAGGACCAAACCAUGGCAUCGCAUCACCACAUGGUCGUGCGAUCGAUCAUGUACAUCUUCCGCGCGCUGGGGUUAAACUGCGUGCGGUAUUUACCCGCGGUGAUGCCCGUGGUGAUGCACGUGAUGUACACGUGCGAAGACGGAUUGCGGGAGUUUAUGCUCGCGCAGCUCACCGCGCUCGUCGCGAUCAUCCGCGGCCACGUGCGACGGUACCUGGACGACAUCCUCGCCAUCGUGCGCGCGUUUUGGGGCCCGAACGCGCUGCUGCGGCAGAUGUUGCGGCUGUGCGAGGAGCUCGCGACGGCGCUGCACGACGAGUUUCGAGCGCAUCUCCCCGACUUGCUUCCGCGGAUGAUCGCCGUGCUCGCCGACGCCGAGCGCGGCGGCGACUUCAGCGCGGUGCCGUCCGUGCUCCACGCGCUCGAGGCGUUCGGGUCCGCGGUGGACGAACACCUGCACCUGAUGCUCCCCGCGCUCGUGCGGCUGUUCCGCCCCGGCGUCGCGCCCGUUCCCGUCGCGGUGCGUUCCACGGUGCUCAGAUCGCUCGCGACGCUCCUCCCGAGGAUGCAGAUCGCCGGGCACGCGAGCGCGGUGGUGCAUCCGCUCACGCGCGUGCUGGACGGACCGCAGAAGGAGCUUCGACGCGACGCGCUGCUCGCGCUGACGUCGAUGGCGUCCGCGCUGCAGCAGGAGUUUUUGUUGUUCCUUCCGCUCGUGCAGCGAACGAUGAAGAAGCGCGGGAUGCGCGACCCGGUGUUUGAGCGUCUGUCCGAGCAGCUGCUCGCGAGGCGGGACGGCGGCGGCGUCGGCGGCGCGAUCGCGAUCCCCGGCGCGACGACAGGCGCGCUCUCGCCUCACCGCGGCGGGAGUCUCCGAAACGGCGAUUCCCCUCUCCUCCACUCUUCGCUCUCGCCCGGCCCGCCGGGCUCCUCGGGCAAGCACGCGAUGAACGAGCAAGCGCUUCGACGCGCGUGGGAGUCGUCGCAGCGCUCGACGAAGGAGGACUGGCUCGAGUGGAUGCGGCACCUCUCCGUGGAGCUUCUGAAGCAGUCGCCGUCGCCCGCGUUGCGCGCGUGCAUCGACCUCGCGCAAGUCCAGCCGCACCUCGCGCGCGAUUUAUUCUGCGCGUCGUUCGUGUCGUGCUGGGCGGAGCUGUCGCAGACGCCGCGCGAGCAGCUCGUGCGGUCGCUGGAGGCGGCGUUCGGGUCGCCGACGAUACCGCCGGAGAUUGUCACCACGUUGCUAAACCUCGCGGAGUUUUGCGAGCACGACGAGAAGCCGCUGCCGGUGGACAUCCGAACGCUCGGCAUGAUCGCCGAGCGCUGUCGCGCGUACGCGAAAGCGCUCCACUACAAGGAGCUCGAGUUCGUGUCGCACCCGGCGCGGUGCGUCGAGGCGAUCAUCGCGAUCAACAACCAGCUGCAGCUCCCUGAGGCGGCGAUGGGCGUUCUCGUGUACGCGCAGACGCACUUAUUGCUCGAGAUCAAGGAAGGGUGGUACGAGAAGCUCGGGCAGUGGGACAACGCGCUCGAGGCGCAUCAGCGGAAGGCGGCGGACGCGGAGAAGGCGCUGAAAGAGGCGGGCCAAACCGUGCUCGGUCAGAUGCGGUGCCUCGCCGCGCUCGCCGAGUGGGACGCGCUGGGCGUUUUGUGCGCCAAGGAGUGGGAGCUCAGCGCCGGCAGCGGCGCCCCCGGCGCGGGCGGCGUCGGCGUCGGCGGCGACGCGGUGCUGCGAGGACGAAUGGCGCCGCUCGCGACGCAGGCGGCGUGGCAGCUCGGGGAUUGGUCGCGCAUGGAGCAAUACUCGGAGUCGACGACGACGGGGCUCGCGACGGAUGCCGACUUUUUCAAAGCCGUCCUCGCCGUGCACCGCGGCGAGACCGAGGAAGCGCGCGCGCACAUCGCGGCCGCGCGCGACGCCCUCGGCGCGGAACUCGCGGCGCUCGUCACGGAGUCCUACGACCGGUCCUACGGCGGCAUGAUCCGCGUGCAGCAGCUCACGGAGCUGGAGGAGGUGAUCGAAUACGCGGAGCUGGGGAAAAUUGCCGCCGCCAACGCGCGCGGCUCGGGCGCGGGCCGGUCGCCGUCGGACCCUUCCAUGUCGGACGCUGACGUGGCAGUGAGGCGCGAUCUGAUGCGCAAGAUGUGGCGCGAGCGCAUCUACGGCGUGCAACGGAACGUCGAGGUGUGGCAGGCGCUUCUCGCGGUGCGAUCGCUCGUGUUGCCCAUCGCGGAGGAGACGCCGACGUGGCUCAAGUUCGCGUCGUUGAAUCGCAAAGCCGGGCGGACGCGACAGGCGCACCGGACGCUGAUCCGACUGCUCGCGUACGACCCCGCGCAGUGUCAGGUGAACGCGCCGGGGUACGGCGCAGGGAGUGGACGACCGGAGGUGAUGCUCGCGUACGUGAAGCAUCAGUGGGCGCUGGGGCAUCGACGCGACGCGUUCGGCCGGUUGCAGUCUUUGGCCGCGGAGCUGAGGACGAUGAGCGCGGCGGCGUCGGUCGGGCAGGUCGCCCCCCCCGACUGCAAACUCAUCGCGCGCGCGUUUCUCAAACUCGGCCAGAUGCGGUGGUCCCUCGCCGAGGACAUGGACGACGCCACGCUCAACGACGUCCUCACCGCGUUCCGAACCGCGACGGACGCGUGCGCGCCGUGGGCCAAGGCGUGGCAUCACUGGGCGCUGUUCAACGCCGCGGCGAUGGAGCACCACGCGAAGCACGCGCCGGAGACGUCGGCGAGACACGUGGCGCCGGCCAUCACCGGCUUCUUUCGAUCCAUCGCGCUCGGAGGCACGACGAAACAAAAGGGCAAAGGCGGCCCGCUUCAGGACAUCCUGCGCUUGCUCACGCUGUGGUUUAACCACGGCGUCGCCCCCGAGGUGGAGGCUGCGCUCGUGGACGGGUUCGGGCACGUGAACAUCGACACGUGGUUGCAGGUGAUUCCCCAGAUCGUCGCGAGGAUUCACAGCAACUCGUCGCCGGUGCGACAGCUCAUCCACCAGCUCCUCGUGAGGGUCGGCCGGAAGCACCCGCAGGCGCUCUUGUACCCGCUUCUCGUCGCGUGCAAGUCGCAGAGCAGCUCGCGACGGUCCGCCGCGAUGGCGGUGCUCGAUAACUUGCGGCAGCACAGCGCGUUGCUCGUGGAGCAGGCGCAGGUUGUGUCGUUGGAGUUGAUUCGCGUCGCGAUCUUGUGGCACGAGGCGUGGCACGAGGCGCUCGAGGAGGCGUCGCAGCUGUAUUUCGGCGAGCAAAACGUCGUGGGAAUGCUUCGCGUGCUCGCGCCGUUGCAUCACAUCAUCGAGCGCAUGGGCGCGGAGACGCUACACGAGAUUUCGUUCGUGCAAGCGUACGGAAGAGAGCUUCAAGAGGCGCACGACUGGUGUCGGAAAUAUUGCCAAACCGGCCGCGAGGAGGAGCUAAAUCAAGCCUGGGAUCUGUACUACCACGUCUUCAAGCGCAUCAACAAGCAGCUCCCGACGUUGACGACGCUGGAGCUGCAGCACGUCUCCCCGCGUCUGCUGAACGCGCGAGGUUUGGAGCUCUGCGUGCCGGGCAAUUACAUGCCGGGCGUCCCGGGCGGAUCCGUCACCAUCGCCGCGUUCGCGCCGACGAUGCACGUCAUCACCUCCAAGCAACGCCCGCGACGACUUCACAUCCACGGCAGCGACGGCAAGGACUACGGCUACCUCCUGAAAGGCCACGAGGAUUUGCGCCAGGACGAGCGCGUCAUGCAGCUGUUCGGGCUCGUGAACAUGUUGCUAAACUCGACGCCGUCGACGGCGCGGAGAGAUUUGAGCAUCGCGCGAUACGCCGUCGUGCCGCUGUCGCCGAACAGCGGUUUAAUCGGUUGGGUUCCCAACUGCGACACGCUACACGCGCUGAUACGCGAGCACAGGGACGCGCACAAGGUGCCGCUGAACUUGGAGCAUCGGCUCAUGCUCGCGAUGGCGCCGGAUUACGACCACCUGCCGCUCGUCGAAGUCUUCGAGCACGCGCUCGAGAACACCCCCGGGAACGACCUCGCGCGCGUCUUGUGGCUCAAAUCCCGCAGCAGCGAAGUCUGGCUCGACCGCCGAACGACGUACACGCGCUCGCUCGCGGUGAUGUCCAUGGUCGGCUAUCUCCUCGGCCUCGGCGAUCGCCACCCGUCGAAUCUCACGCUGGAUCGCUACUCCGGCAAGAUUCUUCACAUCGACUUUGGCGAUUGCUUCGAAGCGUCGAUGCAGCGCGAGAAGUUCCCCGAGCGCGUGCCGUUCCGCCUGACGCGAAUGCUCGUGCGCGCGAUGGAAGUAAGCGGCAUCGAGGGCAACUUUCGCAGCACGUGCGAGGGCGUCAUGGCCGUCCUCCGCGGGAACAAAGACUCCGUCAUGGCGAUGCUCGAGGCGUUCGUGCACGACCCGCUCAUCAACUGGCGUCUUCUGAACACGACCGCGCCGGGGGAGAACGUGAACCAACAGCCGGGCGCGGCGCAAGUCGCCGCGGUCGCGGAGCAAGAGGCUGCGAACUACGCCGCGGCGUCCGCGCUGCAGCGCCACAGGGUCACCGCGCUGGACGCCAUCGAAGGCUUGGACGUCGACACGAACGAGGUUUUGAACGACCGCGCGGUGAACGUCAUGCGUCGCAUGUCGCACAAGCUCACGGGGAGGGACGGGUUCGCGUCGAGCGCGGCGAUGGCGAUGUCGGCGAGCGCGGGGGGGAGCCACGGCGCGUCGACGACGCCGGGGCUGAGCGGUUCAAAGCACGACGACGUCGAGAACGGGACGCCGGACGGCGUCGAGGCGCAGGUUCAGCGCCUCAUCGUCGCCGCGACGUCGCACGAGAACUUGUGCCAGUCGUACAUCGGCUGGUGUCCGUUUUGGUAA